UUUUUUUUUUUUUAUUUGUUUAUAUUUGUAAAUGAAUGCAGAAAGAGAACCUCUUUUAGGAGAGGAAAGUAAUACUAAUCCUGAAAGAAAUCAGGAUAAUGAAGAUUAUUCUGACACAAACAGAAGAUUUCAAAAUGGAAAGUUUUCAUUAUUGGAAAAAGUAUUGUUCAUUUUAGCUGUUGUUUUCUUUAUUGCUUUAUGUAUCGUUACCGGACUCUAUACCAGACGAGUUUCUGAUGAAAAUCCAAAGCAACCACCUAAUGUACCUAGACAUGAUAAUUCAUCACCUAUUUGUACAGAACCUGAAUGCGUCUUAACAGCGGCUCAAAUUUUAAAGGAUAUCGAUUUGACUGUUGAUCCUUGUGAAGAUUUUUACCAAUUUACUUGUAAGCUAAUAACCAUUGUGUAUAUGUCUAAAAAAAAUACUAAAUAAAGGAACGAUAAUAGGUAAUAACUGGGAAAAG